UGGCACUCAGUUCCAAUUUUUAAGCCCGAACGAGCGGUUGCGUCAGUCCGCUGCGUCGCCAUCGCUGUGAGUGCGUGUGCCUGUGUGUGUGCGAGUGAUCCAGUGAUUCAAGCCCCGUGACUCGGUUUCGGGCAAGGUGCAGUGGAACCGUUGCAGGCCAGCUGCAAGUGCAAAUCAAUGCCCAACUGCCAGAAGCGGCCCUCGCGGAAAGCCAGCUAGCUCCCCUCGCGACUGGCUCGGGCCCCCACGUCUCGAAUGGGACCGAGCGUGCCGCUCGUAGCGAAAACGAAACCGAAAGCGACGAAAAAAGCACGACGAGCAUGAACGCGAUGCGAAUUAAAGCCUUGCGUGGCAAAAAACGCUAACGGAAUCCUGCAAAAAACGGGAAAAAAUAAAUAAAUAAUAAUAGCAGCAAACUAAAGAAAAUUGUGCUGGAAAAGGUUGCGUAGCAGAAAUAAUAAUAGAAAACGGCAGAGAGGAAAUACGAAUUUCGGUGGCCGAAAAGUAAAACCGAUUAUCAUUCGCAGGAGUGAGAGUGAAAGUGGGUUGUGUGUGCGAUAUAAAUAAAUAUAAAUAACAUUGGGUCUGGCCAGCGCUAAUUACGGCGAAACAUGAAAAUCUUUGCGAAAAGCGCCGCUCAGAAUACACAAACAACAAGUGAGGCCAAGGCGUCAAUUAAUCAAUUUUCCGCUUGACCCACAAGGAAGUUUCCAUAUCAUAAUUAAAAAUUAUACCAAGGCCCAUAGGGAACGAAUGAAACAAAAGUAAACCCCAACAUAUCCAUGAAACACAAAUAAAAGCAAUAAAGCCUCUUCGAAGACUUCAUAUCAGAAUAAACUCCAAGCUCAAACAAUUAAGCUAAACUGAAACUGUAAACUUUUUGUGAAAAAUAAAAAAAUAAAACCUUAAAAAGAUAAAACCAAAGAAUUAAAUCUACCAUAUCGCCAAUAAAACGAGAAUCCAUGGCUGCAGCCUAGAAGACUCCAUCACAGGACUCACAAUCUACAAAAAGCGAGGAAAAUGCAUAUCAGAGCUUUGGCGAUCCUGGUCCUUAGCCUGCUGCCCGGGGUCAUCCAGGGCAAUCGCUACAACCAGCGCCUCUAUGCCAGCGGAGGCGGCUCCCCGUCCGCCUCGUCGCCAGGGAGCUACCGGAGCUCCUCGCCGUCUUCCCAGAACGAGGUGUACCCCGUGGCGGACAGCCAGCCCAUGACCGAGGACGGCUACAUCCCGCCCAGCCAGCACUUCAACCCCGCCCACACCAGCGACCUGGACCCCCCCGCCCAGCAGCUGAGCACCUGCCAGACGGUGUGCGCCUGCAAGUGGAAGGGCGGCAAGCAGACGGUGGAGUGCAUCGAUCGACACCUGAUCCAGAUCCCCGAGCACAUCGACCCCAACACCCAGGUGCUGGACAUGUCCGGAAACAAGCUGCAAACUCUCUCCAACGAGCAGUUCAUCAGGGCCAACCUCCUGAACCUGCAGAAGCUGUAUCUGAGGAACUGCAAGAUCGGCGAGAUAGAGAGGGAGACCUUCAAGGGCCUCACCAACCUCGUGGAGCUGGACUUGUCGCACAACCUGCUGGUGAAGGUGCCCAGCCUGGCCCUGGGACACAUAUCCUCGCUGAGGGAGCUCACCCUGGCCUCCAACCACAUCCACAAAAUAGAAGCCCAGGCCUUCGCGAACACCCCAUCGCUGCACAAGCUGGAUCUUUCCCACUGCGACAUCCAGACGAUCUCCCCCCAGGCCUUCAGUGGCCUGCAGGGUCUGACCCUGCUCCGACUGAACGGAAACAAGCUGAGCGAACUGUUGCCAAAGACCAUAGAGACGUUGAGCCGCCUGCACGGAAUCGAGCUGCACGACAACCCCUGGCUAUGCGACUGCCGGCUGAGGGACACCAAGUUGUGGCUGAUGCAGCGGAACAUCCCGUAUCCGGUCUCCCCAAUCUGCUCAGGAGGCCCCGAACGGAUCAUCGAUCGCACCUUCGCCGAUCUCCACGUGGACGAGUUCGCGUGUCGCCCGGAAAUGCUGCCCAUAUCGCACUACGUGGAGACGGCCAUGGGGGAGAACGCCUCCAUCACCUGCCGAGCGAGGGCCAUUCCCGCGGCUAACAUCAACUGGUACUGGAACGGGCGGCUCCUGGCGAACAACUCCGCCUUCACCGCCUACCAGAGGAUACACAUGUUCGAGCAGGUCGAGGGCGGAUUCGAGAAGCGGUCCAAACUGGUGCUGACCAACGCCCAGGAGACGGACUCGAGUGAGUUCUACUGCGUGGCCGAGAACCGGGCUGGCAUGGCCGAGGCGAACUUCACCCUCCACGUGAGCAUGAGGGCAGCAGGCAUGGCCUCGCUCGGAAGCGGACAGAUUGUGGGCUUGAGCGCGGCCCUGGUGGCCCUCAUUGUCUUCGCCCUGGGCGUGGCCAUGUGCCUCCUCCUGAGAGUCAAGCGCCAGCCCUACGUCGACAGUAAGACACCCAAUCACAUGGAAGUAAUCACGUCGGUCAACCAUCAGAACUCCAUAACGAACAAAACGCAGCCGGUGGCGGGAAACGGAACGGUAGGAGGAGUGGUGAUUGCCAACGGAGCGGUGGCCAACAUCAUAGACGCGGGAGUCAUCCAGGGCGGCACUCUGGAGCGGAAGAGCAGCAGUCGGGGAGCUGGGUCUCACGGGGGGCUGGAUCAGCGCCAUGCAAACCCCGUCCAGAAGCCGCCGAGGCUCACCGACCUGCCAUACUCCACCCAGGGAUACGACAACAAUGGCAGUGUUCUCUCGACGGCGUCCUGCUUCAUUUCUCCCACCGGCUCCCCCGGAAAUGGCGGAAAUAAUCCGGACUUAAUCAACGACACAAAGCGUUUUGGCAGCGAUGAGUUUACGGACUUGAAGAUACCACCGAUUGGCGGUGUAGGUGCGGGCGGCAGUGGGGAGUACAGCCGGGCCAAUGGCUGCGACUCCUUGUACCCCUCCGGGCUUUGGGAGCACGGUGGGCCCAUGGGGGCCACCUCGGCGGACGAUCUGUUCAUGAAGCGCUAUACGGACAAGACGCCGAUUAUUGACUCGACGCAGCUCUAUGACUUGCACGAGCGCUCGACUGCCACGGAUUACUUCAGCAAGACCUUCCCCAGGUCCCACCUGCAGCAGGGGGUGGCGAGCGGAGGAGGAGCCUCGACCGCAUCAACCGUCACCACCAAUCUUUCGGGCGGCUCAUCUGCGGGCGGGGGCUAUCCCAACGACUAUGGACUGCCCUUGGUCCCCGGAGCGGAGCACCAGCACAACCACCAGCUACAGAUGCACCCCCUGCAGCAGCUCCAGCAGCAGCUAUCCUCCACGCUAAACCACCAGAAGCAGGAGGGCAGCUCCAACGGGAGCAGUCCCCACUUCAGCAGUCGCACGCUGCCGCGAUUGCACGAGAGUGGCAGUGGCAGCGCCCGCUCCUCGCCGACUCCGGCCGGGGUUAACUCCCUGGCGCCGGGGCCAGCCCUCGCUCCCGCUAGCUCAUCCAGUUCCUGCUCCAUUCUGCCCAACGGCCAGCCCGUCAACGCCAAGACGAUACGUGUGUGGCAGAAGGGGGGUGUGCCCGUGCUGCCCCCAGUGACGGCCCUGAAGCGGGCGCUCAUCAGCAGCAGCCGCAACUCGCCGGACGAGGGCUACCAGGAGGGAUGCGGCACGGACGUGUAAGCGCCGCGACCCGGGAGGGAGGAAACCAAACCAAGAACUGACUAAACUUAACACAAAGCAUAUUUAAUUAUAAUAGAACAGGCAUGUGGGAGGAAGAGAGAGACCUCUUCUAGGUGUAAUUCGUAGAUAGCGUAGCGCUGAGGUCCUAGGUGCAAGCGAACCGUUUGUGAUAGUGUCUAACAAAAGAUAAUGCGAAUGAAGAUAAUAAUUGCCCGAGCAAGGAGAGGGCUAAAACGAAUCACUGCACUUCACUAACGUAUACUCUCCUAGGCAAGCAACUCGACUACUAAAACAACUCUAAACUAAUGUUAACUUGAACGUAAACUAAGCCCCAGCUAAGCAUUGUACAGUCAACUUUAUUUCUAUACCAAUGGCAACUCUCAAGUCCCCGCAUUACGUAAAGAUAACCCAAGAUGUAAGCAAACGGAUUGAUAAAUGUUAAUAAUUCUUUAAAUAUAUAACUGAUGUAUGCAUAUAUGUAUUUGUGUAUGUGUGUGUAUGUGUGCGUGUAAUAUCUAGGUUCGUUAAGUAGAAGGAUGAGAACCCGAAACCAAUAAACCUUUCCUCCAAGACUUGUAAUCAUAAAUCAGAAAACAAACCGAAGUGGAAGCUCAACAUUUGUAACUAAAAAUCCCAUAUAUUGUACUCGUAGGAGGUAAAUGAAUCAUCGUUAUUGUAAAUACUAGAUAACCAAUAGAGAAGAAGCCCAAUUUUUCAUCCGACUAUUGUUCAAACUCUCCCUGUAACGUUAGAAGCUGUGAAAUUAUGCAAACCCAAAACAGGCUCCCGAGGACGGCAGUAAAUCUAUCUACGGCGGUAGUUCUGAUAUUUG